CGUGUGUCAACGGCUGACGAAAUACUUUUUAAUUUUAACAGUGCAGUGAAAGGGAAAUCAUCAUUUAAAGACUUUGCUCGGCGUAUUUAUACUUCGCCCGACAGGUUUAAAGUUGCUGAAAACUGGUUCAGUAAGAAGAAGCGUCACGUGGUAACUUUAACCAAUUCAAACAUGGCGCUCAGUCCAGAAUCUGAAAAGCUUUUAGCUCCUCUAAGGGAAGCAGUCAAGGAGCAAGGAGAUAUUGUUAGACAGUUAAAAGAGAAUAAAGCUCCCGAGCUAGAGGUGAAGAAGGCUGUAGCAGAGCUGAAGACCAGGAAGAAGGUUCUGGAGGAUAAGGAGCUGGCAUUAAGACCUGAAAUCGGAAAGUUUGACAGGAGUAAGAUGGAGGAUACUUUAAAGAGAAGAUUUUUCUAUGAUCAAUCCUUUGCAAUCUAUGGUGGAAUAACUGGACAGUAUGAUUUCGGGCCUAUGGGGUGUGCCAUGAAGGCAAAUCUGCUGGCAGCUUGGAGACAUCACUUUGUCCUUGAGGACCAUAUGCUCGAGGUUGACUGCACAGUGUUGACCCCUGAACCCGUUCUAGUAGCUUCCGGUCACGUGGAACGGUUUGCUGAUCUUAUGGUUAAAGAUCUCAAGAAUGGUGAAUGUUUUAGACUGGAUCAUCUGAUUAAAGCACACUUGGAGAAGGUUUGUUCGGAGAAGAAGACGACAGCCGAGACCAAGGCUGAGUGCGCGGAUAUUGUGGUGAAGCUUGACGGAUACAACAAGCAGGAGAUGGCUGAGAUCAUGAAGAAGUUCAACGUUGUCUCACCCAUCACAGGAAAUGAAUUAUCAGAACCAAUCGAGUUCAAUCUGAUGUUCCAGACCAGUAUUGGACCAUCAGGACAUAUCAAGGGUUUCCUGAGACCUGAAACAGCUCAGGGUAUAUUCGUCAACUUCAAGAGGUUACUGGAGUUCAACCAGGGCAGAUUACCGUUUGCUGCUGCUCAGAUUGGAAAUGCUUUUAGAAACGAGAUUUCUCCUCGCUCUGGGCUCAUUAGGGUCAGAGAGUUCACCAUGGCGGAGAUAGAACAUUUCUGUGAUCCUGUGGACAAACUUCAUCCUAAGUUUGCCAGCUGUGCGGAUACUGAGAUGACUCUUUACUCAGCCUGUGACCAGAUGUCCGGUCAACCUGCUAAAUUGAUCAAGAUAGGAGAUGCUGUGAAACAAGGUGUUGUAAACAAUGAGACCCUUGCCUACUUUAUGGUUCGGAUUCAGAAGUUCUUGAUCAAGGUCGGAGCUGAUGGAACCAGGCUCAGAUUCAGACAGCAUAUGGGAAAUGAGAUGGCUCACUACGCCUGUGAUUGCUGGGACGCAGAGCUUUUGACGUCCUACGGAUGGGUAGAGUGUGUAGGAUGUGCCGAUAGGUCCGCCUAUGACCUGACCCAGCACACUAAAGCUACCGGAGUAAAACUGUGUGCUGAGAAGAAACUACCUGCUCCUAUUAAACAAUCUGUAACAGAGAUAGUUCCAAACAAGGGACCUAUCGGUAAAGCCUUUAAGAAGGAAGCUAAGACGAUUACAGAGUUGUUAUCUAAUCUAUCCCUGGAGGAUAUUGAGAAGAUGGAAGCAGAACUCAAGACCGGAGAAGCUACUCUUACUCUUGAGGGAUCAGAAGUAUCCGCCACAAAAUCAUCCUUUUUGUCGACAAUGAAGUUCCCUGAUCCGUCGACAAUUGAAGGAUUAAUCCAUCUUGACAAUUAUUUGCUCGACAAGAGUUAUAUUGUCGGUGUCGAACCUACCCAGGCUGAUGUGGAAAUAUUUGAGAAAGUUUCUCAAAACUCUGUGAAAAAGUAUGAAAAUAUUAGUCGCUGGUUUAGCCACAUGAAAUCUCUCUCCUCUGAGUUUAAGAGUUUGAAAGGAUUUGAGGAUCCUGGUUCUAAUUCAAGCUCUUCCAGUUCAAAUCUACGGAAGGUUAAACUGAACUCUGAAAUGAUAUCUGUUAAACGUUAUGAGAAAACUGUUCAUGUAGAGGAGAUAACCCCGUCCGUCAUUGAACCGUCUUUCGGUAUUGGUCGAAUCAUGUAUUCGAUCUUCGAGCACAACUUCAAGGUUAGGGACGGAGAUGAGCAGAGAACUUACUUUUCCCUUCCUCCUGUCAUUGCUCCACUGAAGUGCUCUGUGCUCCCACUCUCAAACAAUCCUGAGUUCUCUCCUCUUGUUGCUGAUAUCAGUAGCAAACUCACUGAGUCAGAUGUUUCCCACAGGAUUGACGACAGCUCAGGAUCUAUCGGUAAACGGUACGCCAGGACGGACGAGGUCGCAAUCCCGUUCGGUAUCACAGUUGACUUCGACAGUCUCAAGGCCCCGCACACGGUGACUCUGAGAGAAAGAGAUACAACCAUGCAAGUUAGAAUUGAAGUUGACAAGGUUGGGGAGACUUUAAGACAUCUGUCUACUGGACGGAUUUCCUGGGAGAAAGUGACCCAACAGUUUCCAAAGUUUGAGGCUCAGGAGACAAAAUCCUAAUCUUGAACCUUGGAAUAAAAAAAGGUCCUUGAAGCUGAACCUGAACCUGAGUUAUUAAACAAAACCUGAUCCUUGGAGCAGAAAUUGAUCCUUGGAGCUGAACUUGCUCCAUGGAGCUAAACCUGAUUCUUGGAGCUGAACCUGAUCCAUGGAGCUAAACAUGAUCCUUGGAACUGAACCUGAUCCUUGGAACAGAUUUAUUCAGAACCUGAUUCUUGGAGCUGGACCUGAUCCUUGGAACAGAUUUAUUCAGAACCUGAUUCUUGGAGCUGAACCAAACCAUUUCACAAUUUGUUUAUACCUUGUGAGUUAGUUCUAGGCAAAUAUCCUGGUAAAGAUACAUUACUGUUACGUGUUUAAUUUUUUACCAAACUAUGUAAUCUUGAAAAACUUCAAUAAAAUUUGUUUUCAUUAUUUAUUA